AUGCUGCUCAAACGCGUGUCACUGAUCCAAACUGCCGCCUUUCUCAAGCUCUGCUGUCAUUCAAUUCCAGCAAACACACCGUUGCCGCAAAGUGACGAAUCCAUGACUACCGAAUUCCAGGAUAAAUAUAUCUCUCGAGAUUCUCAGAACCUCAGAAAUAGCAGCCGCUUCAGUCUGGCAGGCAGCGGCUCUCACAGUCUCACACUCGUGAAGGCUUUGGAUCAAUUUCAAGCACCUUGCGGUGAUCGCUCAUACCAAGUGAAGUUUUCUGAAGUUGUCUCAAAAGCAUGUCGACCGCGAUUGUAUCUGUCGCAAGCAGCACCACCUUGUGUAAUUCAAGUUGUAAUGUACUAG